AUGAAUAAACCCCUGGUGCAGAUAUCUAAUGACCUAAGGUUUUCACAAUCUGCCCCUGGGUCACCUCAAAAUAGCCGUGUUGUAUCGCCAAUUCCUGUGACUCAUGGUUUACCCAACUCUAUAGGUGCUGUACAUCAAAUGCCAACAGUUAUUACAAAACCCAAGGUGUAUAUGUCCCACCCUGCAGUGACAGUAAGUAGUGCAAAUAGUGCGCCAAUCAUAAAUGGGACAACUACAGUCAAUACAGAAAAUAAAGAAAAAACAGUGACAAUUGUGGCCCCAACUCAGGCCAUGCUGAAGAACCCAGCUCUAGUGCAACACAUCAAUGUUUCUGGUAACUCAGGGCAAUCGCAUCAUAUUAUGACACAUGCGCAGAUGUCACAGAUUGCCCAGCAACAGCAGCAACAACACUUUAUCAUUAAAACAGAGGCAUUAGGCCAACAGGGUCAUUUUCGCCAGCAAGUGCCUGUGUCUACUGUAACGUUGACCCCCACCAUGCCAAUGUCAUUCACCCCCACCAAUACUACAGCUAGCCCUCAGAUUAUGCAGCUUGUGCACAAGACUGAAGCCAUAAAGCGCCCUCUGGCAACACCCCCAGUGACUGUUUCUGUUAACAAUAAAGUAGAAACAAACUCUACUGAUACUCAAUCUAGUAGUCAUGAAGAGAUUGAUGCCAAAAAAAUGAAAAUUGAAGCCACUAGCUGAAUUGCAAGAUUUAAUAUAUUAGAUUAAGUUCAUAAUAAAUAAUAUAACUAUGAUAUCAUGUGUUACCUUAUUCCAUGCAGUAACAUUUUGUGUUUAUUACAAUGCCAAAUGUGAGUUCUGUAUCAGAAUGCAAUUUUAUUUCAAGUGAUCAUGUAAUCAGUCAUGUGAUAUUUUAGUCUUUAACUAGAAUAUUUAAAUGAUAUGCUCAAAAUGCAUUGAAUUGGAAAAUGCAAAAAUAAUAGGAAGUCCCAUGGAAUAGGGUAAUAAAAGAAUUGUGAUUAAAACAGAUAAAAAAUACCUCAGUUUAUUUUAAUUCUUCAACUUACAUGUUACCAGAUGAUCUCUAUAUAUGACAGCCACGCUUAAUUCAUGUAAUUUGAGGCAAAAUUACUUGGCUACUUGCAUAUGAAAAACAUCUUGGGGCCUGGACAAAAUAUACCACCUUCCAACAUUCAGAUACAUCAGUUGGAUACUGUGAUUCAUUUGAGGCUAGUAAUGUAGUAGUCCAAUCUUGAAUUUCCUCAAAUUUGAUAAAUGUAAAAUAAGUGGCUAUUGUGUACAGAUUUACAGGUGUAUCUUGAGCAGCAGUUGUUGAUGAAUUGAAUAACAUGGCAAGUAAAGCUUAUUUAUCUGAAAUUGCGAUACAUUUUUUUCAAAUUUCAAAAAUAGCCUAGAC